AUGGGCGCAAUUCACCUCUACCUCGUCCGUCACGGCGAGUCCGUCGACAACGUCGCGAACCUCUAUGCUGGGUCUCGCGACGCCUCCUUGACAUCCCACGGCGUCCUGCAAGCCAGGCGUCUGGGCACUCACCUCGCCUCGCACACCGCGACCGCCCCCGUCUCGCACAUCUUCACCUCGAACCUACAGCGAGCGUAUCGCACGGCCGAGGCUGUCCGCGAUGCCAUCUCCACCCCGUCCGAGGCCGAAGCGUCGACGAGGCGGGUGGUGGAGGUCGUCCAGCUGCCGGAGCUUCGCGAGAAGCACUUCGGCUCGGGCGAGGGGCAGAAGGUCGGCGCCCGCGUUGUUGGUGAAAGACACGUUGGCGCCGAGACCCACGAGGCUAUGUUCGCGAGGGCGAAGCGGUUUGUUGACGAGUACCUCGCGCCCAUCUUCGCUUGCGUCGAUGAGGCCGAGGAUGGUGCGGAGAGUGUGGUCAUUGUCGCGCACGGGAUUAUCCUUGGUGUGCUGGCGAGGGCUCUGCGAUCUGCUACCAACUUUGGCAAGCUGGUGGCCUCUCCCGCAGACAGCUUGCCUCUGUCGUGGAGCAAUACCGGCUACGUCGAAAUUCACGUCACGUCGGCGCCGGCACCCAAGGAGUCCACCGCGACUUGGCCCGGACUGUCCAUCAAGACGGUGACGGUCAACUCCACCGAACACCUCCAAGGUCUGAAGAAGACCCGAGGCGGCAUCGGCAGCGCAAAAUUUGACGAGAAGCAGAAGACGCUCAACGCGUUCUUCACGCCGACCGCAAAGAAGCGCAAACACGGAGACGAAGCUUAA